AUGUCGUUCAAUGAUUUCGGAGGGGCCACAGCCUGGGGCGAGCCUGAGCAGCAACCUGGCGACAUAGUAAAGGAUGCAAUACGGAAGGAGAAGAUUCUCAAAGAGAUUUCAGCCGCACAGGGCGAUUUACAAGGUACUUCUUCCUGGAUAUCACUGGUUCACGCAGUCACCAAUCUCGCAUCUUCAGCGCUCGUUGCACGAGUGCAUAGCGUCCAGUCGGACGUCGACAAACUCACGUCCGAGAAUUCGACCUUGCAGAUGUACAUCGACAACCUGACCAUGCAAAUGGCAAAGAGGAAGUAA